UUCACGUGAGAACGCGACAAACCAUCACUCGCAUACACUGUAGCCUAAUUCUCCCCGCUCACUGCGUCACAGAAGAGGUAACGGGUGGCAUUUCUGCAUCUUUUCCCAAAGCUUGCACGCAUUCGACAACAUUACGAUGGUAGACUUUGGCAUUCUUCGUUUUUCUCUGCGCUUCUUCCCUACUUCAUGCCCAAGCGGUGAUUGCAGUGGCUGGGCAGAACGUGCCAGGCUUCGUUUCUAAUCCAGAAAGUGCCUGUCUACUCGGGGAUCUCGCGCUAAGAAGAUGUAAGGACCAAGCCUCCCCCUCCCCCCCAAACCAGCACCUUCUUCACAAAAAUGCAGAAGGGAAUUCGACUUAAUGAUGGUCAUGUCACCUACCUGGGUCUUUUGGCAAAGAAAGAUGGCACGAGGCGAGGCUGCUUAAGCAAAAAGAGCUCCGACAACACAAAAUGGCACACCAAGUGGUUUGCUCUGUUGCAAAAUAUGCUUUUUUAUUUUGAGAGCGAGUCCAGCUCGCGACCCUCGGGAUUAUACCUGUUGGAGGGAUGCGUGUGUGACAGGUCGCCCUCUCCCAAACCUUCACUGUCAGCCAAGGAGUGCUUAGAAAAACAGUAUUAUUUCACAGUCAGCUUCAGCCAUGAGAAUCAGAAGGCUCUGGAGCUUCGUACAGAAGAUGUUAAGGACUGCGAUGAAUGGGUGGCAGCAAUAUCACAUGCCAGCUACAGAAACCUGGCCACCGAGCAUGAAACACUCAUGCAGAAGUACCUCCAUCUACUCCAAAUCGUGGAGACCGAGAAAACAGUUGCUAAGCAACUUCGACAACAGAUAGAAGAUGGGGAGAUCGAGAUUGAACGUCUAAAAUCAGAGAUUGCAGCAAUGCUCAAAGACAAUGAGAAGAUUCAGUCGAAUCCCACCACUGCUCCUAGCGAUGAUGAUUCAGAAAUCAAGAAAAUCAAGAAAAUUCUGCAAGGUGUACUAAUCAUGCACGAUGAGGUUAGCGAGACGGAGAACAUUAGGAAGAACCUCGCUAUCGAGCGGAUGAUCGUGGAGGGCUGUGAGAUUCUCCUAGACACCAGCCAAACCUUUGUCAGACAAGGAUCUCUGAUACAAGUGCCCAUGAGUGAGAAGGGCAAGAUCACCCGUGGCCGACUGGGCUCUCUGUCUCUGAAGAAGGAGGGAGAGAGGCAGUGUUUCCUCUUCUCCAAGCAUCUGAUCAUCUGCACUAGAGGCUCUGGAGGAAAACUACACCUCACCAAGAAUGGAGUGGUGUCGCUCAUUGACUGCACACUGAUAGAGGAACCAGAGGGCACAGAUGACGAGUCCAAGUCAGACAAGAGCGGUCAGGACAUGGAGCACCUGGAUUUUAAGAUUGUGGUGGAGCCCAAAGACAGCCAGUCCUUCACCAUCAUCCUGGUGGCCUCCUCGCGGCAAGAGAAGUCAGCCUGGACCAGUGACAUCAGCCAGUGCAUAGAUAAUAUUCGUUGUAAUGGGCUGAUGAUGAAUGCCUUUGAGGAGAACUCUAAAGUCACUGUGCCCCAGAUGAUCAAGUCUGAUGCCAGUCUGUACUGUGAUGACGUGGACAUCCGCUUCAGCAAGAUGAUGAACUCGUGUAAGGUGUUGCAGAUCCGCUAUGCCAGCGUGGAACGCCUGCUGGAGAGGUUGACUGACCUGCGCUUCCUCUCCAUCGACUUCCUCAACACCUUCCUGCACUCCUACCGUGUGUUCACCAGCGCAGACGUAGUCCUUGACAAACUCAUCACCAUAUACAAGAAGCCUAUCAGCGCCAUACCUGCCCGAUCCCUGGAGCUGUUUUUCGCGAGCAGCCAGAACAACAAGCUCCUCUACGGAGAGCCACCUAAGUCGCCCCGUGCCAGCCGCAAGUUCUCCUCCCCACCCCCGCUGGCCAUUACCAAGACCUCGUCCCCCAACCGCCGCCGCAAACUGUCCCUCAACAUCCCCAUCAUCACCGGUGGGAAGGCUCUGGACCUGGCUGCCCUUAGCUGUUCCUCCAAUGGCUAUGCAAGCAUGUACUCCUCCAUGUCCCCUUUCAGCAAGACCACGCUGGACAUCAACAAGCUCUACGUGUCCAGCCCCAUCACCAGCAAGAUUCCUGACGAGGGUGAAGGCAAGACUGACAAAGCUGAUGAGGUUUCGCUGUGCAAACAAGACAUUUCAGUGAGGGAGGAAAUCGACAACGACCAGAUCCAGAGUGAUGAGGCAGAGGCUGAAGUGUCGCCCACCAAAUCACCCACCACUCCCAAAAACGUCAAAUGCAAAAACUCCUCAGAAUUCUCUCUGUUCUCGUACAACAAUGGCAUGGUGAUGUCGUCCUGUCGGGAGCUGGAUAACAACCGUAGCGCCUUGUCUGCUGCUUCUGCCUUCGCCAUUGCCACUGCAGGUGCCAACGAGGGCACGCCAACCAAGGAGAAGUACCGCCGCAUGUCUCUGGCAAGCACAGGGUUCCCCACGGAUCAGAGGAACGGAGAUAAGGAGUUUGUGAUUCGUCGAGCAGCAACUAACAGAGUUCUCAAUGUCCUCAGGCACUGGGUGUCCAAACACUCGCAGGACUUUGAAACCAACACUGAGCUCAAAAUGAAAGUGAUUAGUUUCCUGGAGGAGGUGAUGCAUGACCCUGAACUUCUGACCCAAGAAAGGAAAGCUGCUGCCAACAUCAUACGGACAUUGACACAGGAGGAUCCUGGUGACAAUCAGAUCUCUCUGGAGGAGGUGCUGCAGAUGGCAGAAGGAGGAACGUCAGAGCCUUUUGAGAAUCAUUCGGCUCUGGAGAUCGCAGAACAGCUCACCCUGCUGGACCACCUUGUUUUCAAAGUCAUACCAUACGAGGAGUUUUUUGGUCAAGGGUGGAUGAAGAACGACAAGAAUGAGAAGACACCUUACAUCAUGAAAACGACAAAACACUUCAAUGAUAUCAGUAACCUGAUCGCUACGGAGAUCCUGUGCAGUGAGGAUGUGAAUGUACGGGUAGCAGUGAUAGAGAAGUGGGUGGCAGUGGCCGAUAUCUGCCGCUGUCUCCAUAACUACAAUGCCGUGCUGGAAAUCACCUCAUCCCUCAAUCGCAGCUCCAUCUUCCGUCUGAAGAAGACCUGGCUCAAAGUGUCCAAACAGACCAAAACAGUCAUUGACAAGCUGCAGAAGUUGGUCUCAUCUGAAGGAAGAUUCAAGAACCUCAGAGAGGCCUUAAAAAAUUGUGACCCUCCCUGUGUGCCAUAUUUGGGAAUGUACCUCACUGAUUUGGCCUUUAUUGAGGAGGGGACGCCCAACUACACAGAGGACAACCUGGUCAAUUUUUCCAAAAUGAGAAUGAUUUCCCAUAUCAUCCGUGAAAUCAGGCAGUUUCAGCAAACGGCAUACAAGAUUGAUUACCAGCCAAAGGCAGCACUGUAUUUACUGGACAGAAGCUCAGUAAUGGAUGAAGAAGGCCUGUAUGAAGCCUCUCUCAGAAUUGAGCCUAAAGUGCCCAACUGAGAGAGGCUCUGCCUAACGUCUACACAAUGUACAGACACCACACUCUCUACAGUAUACAUCCUUGUGUUCUGUUAUGUAACAUGAUUAUUACUCCUGGAUGUGUUUCCUUGUUUUUAGUCGUAACCAAAUGUUGCCUAAUUGUUUCAGAUCUUUCACCGUUGAUUUCAGCCUAUGUUCUUUAGAGAAUAAUAUUUUUUCCAAAUCCAAAGUAUGCUUUUAACAGUACUUGCAACAGGAUACAAUCCUAGUUCAAGGUGUGGUUGUCUAUUUAAUUGAUCAGGCUCAUCCACAUCACCGUAAUGAAAUAUGAAACGCCGGCAGGAGCAUUUUGAGAUUUUAAUAGAUGCAUGUAACUAAUUUACAGUAUAUGCAUACCAUGUAGCAAUGUAGAAAGCAGAUAUAUUACUGUAUACAACCAAGCAUAUAGAAACACUUAUACUGUUAUACUAUUAUAUUCCAUGUCACUGUACUUCGCAGAACCAACUCCAGCAUUUUUCAUCUAUUUGUUUGCGAUAAUUAACAUCCGUUCCUUGAUUUCUCAAGGGGUUAGUUGGACAUGCUUAAACUGCCAUGAUAUUUAUUAACAGUUUUGCCAUGACUUAAUAAAACAGACAGUGAAUAGCUUGGUAAUUGUAUUACAUUAAAAAAUACAUAGGAUAUGUCUUCUGUUGGCCAAUAAGGAUUUUGAUCUGUUCUUACAUGCAAAAUUUAUUUUGCAGAAAUUUGUAAUGAUUUCCUCAGCCCUAAAUUAUACUGUUUCUUCACAAAAAGAAGCAAGAUCUGCAUUAUAUUUUUUUGAAACUGAUUGUUUCGUGAUUGUUUACCCAUGUAAUGUUUCCGUUGCUCACAGCCACAUUUCUUAGCAUUUUGGGAAAAAGGUAUUCUGGGUUCAACAAUAUCCUUCUACACCAGAUUAUCCAGCUAUUGUACAUUUACAGACAAUCUAUGUCCUUCUUGCUGUUCCAGUGAUUGUGGAACGUGACUGAAUAUCACUUUGUAAAAUGCAUUGCCGUUUAAGAGUAUGAUCAAAAGUGAAUGACCUUCCCGCUUGCAGCAUACAAAUGGUAUUUUUGUAGUCCUAGAAUAAAGACGUAGGGUUCUGCAUCCUUACCUAAAAAAGGUACAUUUUUGUACAAACAUUGUCAACUCACCACACAGAAAAGUAUUCUGUAUAUUUUGUACAUGCAGCCCUAUGUAUUUCUUAACAUGUACUAGUUUAAAGCACUUUUAAAGCGUUGUAUCCUAUGCUUACACACUCAAUGCUAUAUGAUUUGUGAUUUUGAAACCAUGAUCUAGAGGUAGAGGACUUUAAAGUGUUUUUGCAUAUACUGUAAUCCUGUCUAUAAUCGUUCUCUUAGCAGGAAUAUAGUAAUGUAGUGCUUAUUCUGUGAAUAUUUGUAUGUAUUUUUACUAUGUACAGUCUGGAAACACACUAAACGCUCAUGUGGCAGGCAUGCAACACUGUAUCAGCCAAAAACUUUAAAAAGAAUAAUAUAUAUGUACAUCUAUGUGCACAUACUCUUAUAAAUGAUAUAUAAACAUACAAACAAACAUUUUGCUGUUAGCAAUACCCAGUGGUAUGAGAAUUAUCUUUCAACCCUUAAGUUUAUUUCCACGGCUUGGGAAAUAUUUCCAGUUUUUGUACAAAAAAAGAAAUGAACAGAAAAGAAAAAGAAAGGCAAUGAAAUAAACUGUAUGUUUCCUGAUUACCUCUUGCUAAUAAAUCUAUUCUAUCUCAGGGGGAUAUUGCUUCCUUGUAUGUGGUUUUUGUCAUGCUCACUUCAUUUGGCUCGCUUAAAAAA